AUGGCGAGCGAUUUCUAUCUGCGUUAUUACGUUGGGCACAAGAGGAAGUUCGGCCACAAGUUUCUCGAGUUCCGCCCUGACGGGAAACUGAGAUAUGCAAACAAGAGCAAUUAUAAAAAUGAUGUCAUGAUCAGAAAAGAAGCCUACGUACACAAACGUGUGAUGGAAGAGCUAAAGAGGAUAAUCGAUGACAGUGAAAUCACGAAAGAAGAUGAUGCGUUAUGGCCGCCUCCUGACAGAGUUGGCCGGCCGGAGCUUGAAAUUGUAAUUGGUGAUGAACACAUCUCUUUUACCACAUCAAAAAUUGGUUCUCUUAUUGAUGUAAAUCAGUCCAAGGAGCCAGAAGGUCUAAGAGUGUUUUACUACCUUGUCCAGGACCUCAAGUGUCUUGUCUUCAGUCUCAUUGGAUUACACUUCAAGAUUAAGCCAAGAUUAAGAUUAAGUUGCUGUUCAAGAUUAAAUUGUAUGGAUUUAAAUUUGUACUGUAAAGUUUCUUUCGGUGGGGUCACUUUCCAUUCCUUAUCUCUCAUUGGUUUUAUGUGUGUCAGAUUUUUUACAGAGUGA